CGAUUUCGGCCGAAGCGGCUUCGGCGGUAUCCGCAUGUGCAACAUCCGUUGACAAAUCCCAGUGAUCGCUUUCGGUUGAAUCCAAAACAAACAGAAUCUCAUCUCAACAUUUGUGAAAGAAUUGUGAAUCUCACUGAAAAAUGGGGCUUGGGGGCUGCUACGCCAUCUUAAAAUACCUCCUGGUGCUCCUAAAUUUGAUAUUUGCGUUGUUGGGCAUUGCUGGCACCGUCUUCGCAAUAUGGAUGCUCGUCGACCCCUCAUUUUCGCUAUCGCUCACUCAAGACUACAUAAUUUCGGUCGUAAUAAUUCUCAUCGCUUCACUUCUCCUCCUCGUUGUGGCUAUUUUCGGCAUUGUUGGCGCUUUGAAAGAGAGCCAGUGUGCCCUAACGACCUUCUUCUGUCUCCUCUUAAUCAUUUUCGUAGCUGAGGUAUCAGCCGGAGUUUGGGUGCACAUCAAUCGAGACAGCCUCAAACUGCAAAUUAAAAAUGCUGUUGAACUCACCGUGGAACAGGAAUACUACACCAGCGACAAUCGCAAGGCUAUUUUUGACACCUUUCAGCAAAAAUUGCAAUGUUGCGGCGCCAAAGCGGCUAGCGACUGGAUCGGGAAUAAGAAAGUGGUGCUUACGGUGACCUCAAACCAGGAGAAUUAUAGCAUUCCCAUGAGUUGCUGUCGCGAAGGGACUACGAUGGAAGAUUGCAAAAAAGCAACGCUAAAUAUUAAGCCGACAAGCUCGAUUGACUACACAGCGAUUUACGACAAAGGUUGCUACUACGCCAUUAUGACCAAGUUGGAAGAGCUUUCGUGGGUUUUGAUCGUUGGAAUAGUUCUAGCGGUGAUCCAGAUUUUGGGUUUGAUCUUUGCUCUGAUUCUUGCAUUUGCCGUUAACCGAUCUAAUAGGUACAAAGCCUAAAAUUAAAACAUACAAAGGAUAUUUUUCUUCUACAAAUUUAUUUUCGGAUCAAGAGUUUAUAUUAAAAUGCAGAAGAAUCGCACAUAUUUUCGAUUGUGUACAAAUUGUAUAUCCUUAAACUUCAAGUGUUGUAACAUGUGUGCCAUAUAUUGUGACCGACGGUUUUGCACGAAACGGCCGAUUGAAGCUCAUUAGAGUCAAAAUUGUCCAAAUUUUACAAUGGUUGUUUCGUGCAAAAACGCCCGGAUGUGUAACUUAGCUUUACCUUUAGAUAUAGUUUGGUGUACAACCUUUCUAAGCACUGUACCUAAAAUAUAUUUUCUUAAAAGAAAAUUUUUCGACAUGCACUAGCAUUUACUCAUGACAUUUAACUUUAGACUGAUAUUUAUUUUCACUGUUCGAAUGUCCAGUAAUCUCAUUUACUGUCUCUCAAGUUUUAGUUGAUGAUUUAGACGAGAGCAUUCCAUUUUUGAUGAAUGCUGUUAGAAAUCCUAGCAUGCCAGUGUUAAAUACGUAGUGUAAGUAGUAUAGAGUUGCCAAAAUGUUUUUAGUUCUGAUGUGAAUAAUCAGUAUUGUAGUCUAAUUUUUUUAUUAUAAACAGUUGUGUGCCAAAAACUUUCAAAUUUACAGAGUUGCCUAUUUGGUUAUAUAUUUUAUCAAAUAUUUAAGAAAAUUCUUUGUUACCAUACCAUUUCAGCAGCCAGUCAGUGAUAGUGAAGAAACGAGCCAAGGAAUUGUCAGUACUAAUAAUAUUAAUUAGAAUUUAUCGAAGUUGAUGCUAUUUAAAUGGUAUAUUGUGAGUCGUGAUUCAUUCAGUUUUCCGGCAUUUAUAUUAGUUUCAGCAUUGUAUAUUCAGAUAUUUAAUGGAAUAAGAUGUGUUUUAGCUUAUUUUGUUAAUAAACAAAUACAACCAAUAA